UGCGACUGCUGCAGGCUUCUAAAAACACAGCUUGAGCAAGCGUCACAGCAUCAUGGCUGGUCUGAAGAGCUGGUUUGUUUUGAUGAUUAUACUGUACAAUUUCUGUCACAAAUGUAUUCCAAGUGGAAUUUCAACGCAUGUUGAAAUAGCACAUAGAGCUCUGGAAUUUUUCACCAAACGAGAAGGGAAUGUUGACUAUAGACAGUUGUUACUAAACCACCAAGAUGCAUUUCAGGCUGGGAGCAUUUAUCCUGAUGCCUUUUAUCCUCCAAUCUGCAAACGUGGGAUAUACCAUGAUGUGUCUGAAGAUACUCACUGGUCACCAUUUCUUAAUGCAAGUAUUCACUACAUCAGAAGGAAUUAUCCUCAGCCUUGGGAAGAGGCUACAGAGAAGCUGGUGGCUUUCCUGUUUGGAAUUGCCUCACAUAUGGUGGCAGAUGUUAGCUGGCACAGCCUGGGCAUCGACCAAGGAUUUUUAAAAGCCAUGGGAGAAGUUGAUUUUCAUGGCUCAUAUUCAGAAGCUCACAGUGUUGGAGAUUUUGGAGGAGAUGUACUGAGUCAGUUUGAGCUGGACUUCAGUUAUCUGACACCAAACUGGUAUGUACCUGUCGAAGACCUAGCCUCUAUUUAUAAGGAAUUUUAUGGAAGAGAGAUCAUAACUAAAGGCACAAUUACUGACUGCACUUAUCUGCUGUUUCUUGAACUACAUGGAGAAAGGCUUGCUGUUGCCAAGCUUUUUCCAACAUAUGCUAGUAAAUCUCCAUUUCUGGUGGAAAAGUUCCAUGAAUAUUUCCUUGGAGGAGUAGAUGACAUGGCAUUCUGGACAAACAAUAUUUUUGAGCAGAUGAGCCAAAUGCUAGAGAAUGGAGUCAGUGGUUGCUUCCUGCCUGAGAACCCUCUGUUUAUAAACUGUACAAGGGACCACAAGGAUAACUACAUAAGCAAACACUCAAAAAAUGAACAUCAGAAAAAUACAACUUCUUUACUUCUAAAGACAUUUGAAAAGAAUAUAACGUAUACAGAGAGAGGAGUUCACUUCAAUAUACAGUCUUGGGCAACAAAUUCCCUCCGAUUCAUAAAUCGUGCUUUUGCAAAAACUUUCUGGAGAGUGAUAGGAACUACCCAUCAAAAAUCCUCUAAGUACAUCUCCAAGCCAGUAUCUUCAUAUUUUCUUGCUUCGCCAUAUGCUAGACUUGGAUGGGCAAUGAUUUCAGCUGACAUAAACCAGGAUGGAUAUGAAGAUCUGGUAGCUGGAGCACCGGGGUACAGCACACUGGGCCACAUUCAGAUAGGAAGGGUGUAUAUAGUCUAUGGCAAUCGUUCAGGUUUGCCACGAGAAGACAUGGAUCUAGAUGAAAAAGCAGACCAAGUACUAGAGGGUCAUCAGCCUUCAGGCAGAUUUGGUUCUGCAUUGGCAGUCCUGGACUUCAAUGAGGAUGGAGUGGCAGAUCUGGCAAUUGGAGCACCUUCUGUGGGAUCUCAAUUUCUCAUUUACAGAGGUGCUGUAUAUGUCUAUUUUGGAACUAAGGGAAGAGGCUUGGCAUCUCAACCAAACGUGACCAUAACUUGUCAGUAUUCCUACUGUAAUCUUGGUUGGUCCCUCCUGGCAGCUGACAUUGAUGGAGAUCAAAAUGCUGAUCUGGUUGUUGGCUCUCCAUAUGCACCUGGGAGUGGGCAGCAGAGAGGAUUUGUAGCUGCAUUUUACUCUUAUUUCAACAGAAGUAACCAAGGACUCCUGUCUGUAGAAGAUGCCAACUGGAUGGUGAAUGGGGAAGAAAACUAUGCUUGGUUUGGAUUUUCUCUUCAUAGCUGUCAACUGGAGAAUGCAACAUUACUGCUGAUUGGUAGCCCUACAUGGAAGAAUUGUGUUAAGUGCAAUCCCUCCUCAUCGGAUGUCAGACAAAGUGUCGGGAAAGUAUAUGGAUAUAAGCCACCAAGCACAAAGCACUGGUUUACAAUAACUGGAAACAAGGCAAUGGGCAGAAUGGGUUUGUCACUGGCCAGUGGUGUGAUGUCUGUGGCUGGGAUCACCAGGACAGUUUUGGUGGUGGGUGCACCUACUACAGACAGUCUAUCUAGCAUUUCAUUUUUCUCCUCGGUGUUGCACCAAGCUGGACUAGCUCUGGUAUAUGAUCUGGCAGACAGCACCAAGCCUUCUUUGGUCAGUACAUUCAGUGGGGACAGAAGGUUUUCUCGUUUUGGAGGAGAUACAUACUUAAGUGACCUGGAUAAUGAUGGACUAGAUGAAAUGAUUGUAACAUCCCCCCUGCGAACUAAUGAUAUCACCACAGUACUGCUUGGUGGGACAGCUGGCCGUGUUUACAUUUAUAAUGGAAAUCAAUCAUCUUCAGGGAAUGUGACAGACCACUGCAAAUCAUGGAUAUAUCCCUGUCCUGAGGACUGGGCACAGUAUGUCCUCAUUUCUCCUGAGGAACAAUCAAGAUUUGGAAGUUCUGUCAUCACUGUGAAAUCUGAAAAAAAGAAAGAAGUUGUAGUGGCAGCAGAGAGAAGUUCAGCGAAAGCUCGACUUGGUGGAAGGCUUUUUGUCUACUCACUCUGAACAGUCCUGGUAGUCUUUAAGACCAGGGCAAAACUGGUCUUUUAAGGAAGAAUCUCUGUACUAUCUGUGAUACUUUCCUUAACCCCUAACAAAUCAACAAAAAAACAUGACAGCAAACUUCAGUAGAUACAUGGUACAGAUAGCUAGGUAGCAUCCCACACAGUAUCCAGGGAGUGAGGGAUGCUCACUGAUCAUAAACGAUGGCAAAUUUUCGCAAGUGAAUUACCAAAACAGCUUUUUGUUGUGAGGUUAACCAAAAGGAUUUAUUAAUCAGUGUUUAGCAGCAAACACUCUAUUGCUUACUACACAACUAAUAAUUAAGCAAACAUCAAAAUCUAACACAUUUUCCUUCUCUGAAAUUACUGCUAAUUGAUGCCUUGAUAUCUUUGUCUCCCCUGUAGCCCCUUUACCUACAGGGCCUAUUGUACUUUUGUAUUUAAAUCUUGUUAUUUUUACUUUCCAUUGGUGAUGUUUAACAUAAGUUCUUUGAGCAUCUGUACUUGAGAUUAUUGACAUUUGAGGUCCUGUACCAAAUAAAAAAUUUACUAUUUGUCUUUA